CUGGAGCCAAACAUCAGGAACGGCAUAGGCAACUACAGGGAAACAGGGAGAAAAAUCCCGAUCAACAUGGCGGCUAGCACCACGAGAGUUGGGAGCGCUUUACAAAUGAUAUGUGGCUCUUGCUUUCGCCCUGCAUCUCAAGUCCGCAACAACAUAGGAAGGUAUAUUUUCACCACGACAGACAGGAAAUUAGGACAUAACACAUGUGUAAAGCAAGUUUUUCUGAAAAGAUUUUCGGCGAAUGCAACAAAUGCUAUUCAACUACAAGAAGAAGCAAAAACACAAUCAAGCAUAACUAACAGUCUCAUUCUCCCCGAAGGCUCUAAGAGAGAUUCAAUUGUUGGCAAAGUGAAGGAAGCAAUGUCACAAAGUAUAAAAUUUAAGAAUAUUUUUGCAGUUGUGCACAUUGGUGGAAAGCAGUUCAGAAUAACACAGAACGAUAUAAUUAUGAUCCACAAGGUAGCAGCCGAAUGCGGGGAUAAGAUAAAGCUGCAAAAGGUGCUGAUGGUUGGAGGCAAAGAGUUUAGCCUUAUUGGCAAACCAUUAUUAAGGAAUAUACACAUUGAAGCAACUGUUCUUGAAAAAACUAAAGGCAGGAAUGUCAUUGUAUUCAAAAAGAAAAGAAGAAAGAACUACAAGAGAUGGAAAGAGCAUCGUCAAGAUCUGACUGUGUUGAGAAUCAACAGAAUCGAACUGAAUCCAGAGGAACUAGAUUUGUAAACAUAUAUUUUAAUCGUGUGUGUAGCAAUGUACAUGUUAACCAAAGCUGUGGUUAAUUUUCGCAUAUCACUUCUUUGAACUGCUUUGAA